GUCUGUCUGUAGUUGAAAGAAAUUCAUUCUCUUAUCAAAGCACAAAACAGACUUCCAAUUCAAGCACUUCUUCCAACUGGUUAAAGAAACCCAGCAACAACCAUGUCUAGCAGUGACGGUAAUCAAAUGUACGAUUGCGGUACAUUACUUUUCAAAGUCACCACCUCUGGCUUCACCACCGCUCAAAAGCGUUGGAGGAUUGCCUAUGCAUCGAUAUAUUCUGUGCGGGUAAUGCUUUCUCUUGCCAAGGAGAUAAUAUCGAAGAGAGGUAUUGAACAACCCUCGAUCAUCUCGGAUUUGCAUCCUUACGUUGCGCUAGAUGUUGAACCCUCGAGCUCUCCGCAAUGGGGUGAAAAAUUUUCAUCUUCCUCCUUGGCUCCGAAAAUUGAUCGGAAGAGACUUGUGGAGACCGUGAAAGAAAAGGACUUGGUUUCUCUUCACCAGCUUGGAGGAGUCGAAGGCAUUGCCGCUGCUCUUGGAACAAAUCCUGGAAAGGGAAUCCGAGAUGAUGAUCGAGAGGUUGUGAAAAGACAGGAGAUGUUUGGUACCAAUACUUACCAUAAGCCACCUCCCAAAGGGUUACUGUAUUUUGUCCUGGAUGCUUUCAAGGACACCACAAUUCUUAUCCUCCUGGUAUGUGCUGCUCUUUCUCUUGGUUUUGGUAUCAAAGAGCAUGGUGCAGCAGAGGGUUGGUAUGAAGGCGGAAGUAUUUUCGUUGCCGUCUUUCUUGUGAUUGCUGUCUCUGCACUCAGUAACUUCAGACAGGAGACUCAAUUUGACAAGCUAUCAAAAAUAAGUAACAAUAUCAAAGUCGAAGUUGUUAGAGGUGGCCGCCGUCGACAAGUAUCUAUUUUUGAUCUUGUUGUUGGAGAUGUUGUCUUCCUGAAGAUUGGAGAUCAAAUUCCAGCAGAUGGGCUGUUCUUGGACGGUUAUUCAUUGCAAGUGGAUGAAUCGAGCAUGACAGGAGAAAGUGACCAUAUGGAAGUAGAUGCCACCAGGAACCCGUUCCUUUUUUCUGGUUCGAAAGUGGCAGAUGGUUAUGGUCAAAUGCUUGUAGCAUCCGUGGGAAUGGAUACUACAUGGGGAGAAAUGAUGAGCUCGAUAACCAGCGAUAAAAACGAAAGAACUCCACUACAAGAACGACUUGACAGACUUACCUCUUCUAUCGGAAAGGUAGGUCUUGCGGUUGCCUUUCUAGUCCUUGUAGUCUUAUUAAUUCGUUAUUUCACUGGGAAUACAGAAGAUGACAAUGGGAACACGGAGUAUAUUGGUAGCAAGACCAGCGUAGAUGAUAUCUUAAAUGCUGUUGUUCGUAUAGUUUCGGCUGCAGUGACUAUUGUGGUAGUUGCAAUUCCGGAAGGUCUACCAUUGGCUGUCACUCUUACACUUGCUUACUCAAUGAAAAGAAUGAUGGCUGAUCAGGCAAUGGUUAGAAAACUUUCAGCUUGUGAAACGAUGGGCUCAGCUACCAUUAUUUGUACUGACAAAACUGGAACCUUGACAGUAAACCAGAUGAAGGUAACCCAGUUUUGGCUCGGCCAAGAGUCCAUCAAGGAAGAUCAUUCCAACAUCAUUGACCACACUGUUCUUGAAUUAUUCUACCAAGGUGUUGGUUUGAACACAACUGGUAGUGUUUGCAAACCCGUCUCCGGAUCCCUACCUGAGUUUUCUGGCAGUCCAACAGAAAAGGCGAUUCUUUCUUGGGCUGUCUUAGGUUUGGAUCUGGAUAUGGAAAAAUUGAAACAAAAAUACAGCAUUCUCCAUGUUGAAACCUUCAACUCGGAGAAAAAGAGAAGUGGGGUUUCAGUAAGGAGAAAAACAGAUGAAACUCUUCAUGUACACUGGAAAGGAGCUGCAGAAAUAAUCGUAGCCAUGUGCUCAGAUUAUUAUGAGAGCAAUGGGGGCAUAAGGUCCAUGGAUGAAGACCAAAGGAGCAGAAUUGAAACAAUAAUCCAAAGUAUGGCCGCUAGUAGCUUACGAUGCAUUGCUUUUGCUCAUAAGCAAGUCUCACAAAAAGAGAUGGAAUGUGUUGAUGAUAGCGAAAAGACACAUCAAAGAAUAAAAGAAGAUGGUCUAACCUUGCUAGGGAUAGUUGGUUUGAAGGAUCCAUGUCGCCCAGGUGUCAAAAAAGCUGUGGAAGCUUGUAAAUCUGCAGGGGUGGGCAUCAAAAUGAUUACUGGAGACAAUAUUUUCACAGCAAAAGCUAUAGCUGCAGAAUGUGGAAUUCUAGGAGCAGAUUACAAUGAAGAAAGUGGACAAGCUAUAGAAGGUAUUGAAUUUCGAAAUUACACACCUGAAGAGAGAAUGGAGAAGAUCGGGAAGAUCAAGGUGAUGGCAAGGUCCUCUCCAUUUGACAAGCUUCUGAUGGUACAGUGCUUGAAACAGAAAGGUGAUGUAGUUGCGGUCACAGGUGAUGGCACUAAUGAUGCUCUUGCGCUAAAAGAAGCCGAUAUUGGACUUUCGAUGGGCAUUCAAGGCACUGAGGUGGCAAAGGAGAGCUCAGACAUUGUCAUAUUGGAUGAUAAUUUCAGCUCAGUUGCCACAGUUUUAAGAUGGGGAAGAUGUGUAUAUAACAACAUACAGAAAUUCAUUCAAUUUCAGCUUACCGUUAAUGUUGCUGCUCUUGUAAUUAACUUCAUUGCAGCAGUUUCUGCUGGUGAGGUUCCCUUGACAGCCGUUCAAUUGCUGUGGGUAAACCUCAUCAUGGACACCUUAGGUGCUCUAGCCCUUGCAACAGAUAGGCCCACCAAGGAACUAAUGAAGAAGCCGCCCGUCGGUCGAACUGAGCCCCUCAUUACUAAUGUCAUGUGGAGGAAUCUUUUAGCCCAAGCAGUAUACCAGAUAGCUAUUCUCUUGAUCUUGCAAUUUAGAGGUGAAUCUAUGUUCAAUGUGCCUAAGAGGGUAAAGGACACACUGAUUUUCAAUACUUUCGUUCUCUGCCAAGUUUUCAACGAAUUCAACGCAAGGAAGUUGGAGAAGCAAAACGUCUUCCAAGGCAUUCUUCAGAACAGAUUGUUUCUGGGAAUCGUGGGGAUAACCAUCAUUCUUCAGGUGGUUAUGGUGGAAUUUCUAAAGAAUUUUGCAGAUACAGAGAGAUUGAAACUAUGGCAGUGGGGGCUUUGUAUCUUAUUCGCAGCUUUCUCAUGGCCAAUUGCAUGGGUUGUGAAGCUCAUACCUGUUUCAGACAAACCCUUCUUCAGUUAUCUCAAGAGAUCAAAACCAUGUUCACAAUUAAAUAAGUCAUCUACCACAAGAAACCUUCAAUCUGCAGGCAUGGAACUAGAAGUGCAAUAAGAUCAUGUUCUGAAAGAACAAGGAUGUAAGUUCAAAAUCACUUCACUGACACAAAGGACAACAUAAGGAGAUCAUGAUUCUAGAUUUCUUAUACUUUAAGAGCUACUAACCUAUAUUUAUGUAUGUAUAUGUAAUAUGACUUUUCUGAUAAAGGCCUUGGAACCAUUAAUGGUCCCAGAUUCAAUCUAACCUCAUGGAGCUUUGCUCUUAUCUUUACCUAGGAUGUUUCUAGUUCCAUGCCAAUUGUUAGUUGACUCUUUAGUAAUGGCUUAUUCCUUUCUAAAUCUGAAACAGGAUCAUAUGUGCUACCUAUUGUACUUAUUCUCGUAAA